AUGCAAGCAGAAGCUCCGCAGAAGACAGCGGUGAUCCGAGAAAAGCCAUCACAAUGGGUCACUGCGGAUGCCACCGACCUUCAACAUCCUGAAGACUCAGGACUAGCGCAAGUGGGCAUAUUCACGUGCAGCUCACCUCCUGAAGUGCCUCUGGAGGAGUCUCUGCGGUUCUACGUGGCGCAUGCCAAUGCGGGGAACCGUAACAUGUCCGAGAGUCCAGUGACAAGCGACAUCUUUCGCUAUCCUCCAGAGUCGCGAACAGCUGCGGCGGUUGCCCUAGCAGCAGACAAAGAGGACCGCCUGCUACACCUUGCAUUUGACUCGGAGGGAUUCUCCGUCAAAUAUCGCCACGAUGUUAUCGGAUGGGAGGCCAGCAGGGACCGGAGCAGCGCUACGCUCUUUCUUUCCUCAAAUCGAAGGCUCAUCGUCACCUCCAGUGAGCGCCUUUGCGUGGGCCUGUGUUGA